GUGUUGUAUUGUUCCGUUAAGGCGUUCGGCACUUCGGCAGAAGGCUUAAUAAGAAUAAGUAUGAAACAAUGGAACACACUAAUGCCACUGCUGUCCCUGGGAAUUCUCGUCUCCCCAACAAGAACACACAACACCCAAUUUUGAAUCCCAUUCCUUAAUAUUAUUCUCAAUCAUCCCCCUUUCUCUUCUGCUUCUGCUUCCGCUUCCAUUUUUCAAUUUCAUGCUGAUCUCUUUCGUACUCUUUCUGCUCCGGAUCUCUCGCGUACCCCAGUUCCAAGGAUUUUGUGAUGAUGGAUUUAAAAACAAAGAGGAGAACUAUUACAGACAAUGGUGAUGGAGGGGAUGAUUUAGUCCUUGCUAAUUUGAUUGCAAAUGGGGAUGAGGUAGGUCCUCUUGUCAGGCUCGCCUUUGAAACAGGGCGGCCACAAGGGCUCCUUCACCAGCUGAGUUAUGUGGUUAAGAAAAAAGAAGCUGAGAUCGAGGAGCUGUGCAAAACCCACUACGAGGAUUUCAUCCUUGCGGUUGAUGAGCUUCGAGGUGUGUUGGUUGAUGCAGAGGAGCUAAAGGGCGAGCUGCAAAGCGACAAUUUGAAGUUGCAGCAGGUUGGCAGCACCCUUCUAGUGAAGCUUGAGGAGCUUCUUGAGUCUUAUUCUGUUAAGAAGAAUCUGACCGAAGCUAUAAAAAUGUCAAAGAAAUGUAUGGAGGUGUUGGAGGUAUGUGUCAAGUGUAACAGUCACAUUUCUCAAGGCCAGUUUUAUCUUGCAUUGAAAUAUGUCAACUUGCUUGAGAAAAGUUACUUGCAGGAUAUUCCUGUAGACUCUCUCAAAAUGGUCAUUAAGAAGAGAAUUCCGAUAAUAAAAUUGCACAUUGAGAAGAAAGUAUGCAAUCAGGUUAAUGAAUGGAUGGUUCACAUAAGGAGUUCUGCUAAAACUAUAGGGCAAACGGCUAUUGGUCGUACUGCAACUGUUCGUCAGAGGGACAUGGAAAUGCUGGAACAGCAGAGGAUGGCCGAGGAGCAGAAUGUUUCGGGAGUAGGGGAUCUAGCUUAUACUUUGGAUGUAGAAGAUAUUGAAGAAGAUUCCAACUUCAAGUUUGAUCUUUCACCUCUCUAUCGUGCUUAUCAUAUUCAUGAUCAUCUGGGUAUCAGAGCGCGGUUUUGUGAAUAUUACUACACUAAUAGACUGUUACAAUUGAAUUCAGACCUGGAGUUAUCUAUGGCACAACCUUUUGUUGAAUCAUACCAGACAUAUUUUGCUCAAAUAGCCGGAUUCUUUAUAGUGGAGGAUAGAGUCCUGAGAACGACUGGGGGGCUUCUGACAGUUGAUCAGGUUGACACAAUGUGGGAGACAGCUGUGACUAAAAUGACAUCUGUGUUGGAGGAAAAGUUCUCCCUUAUGGACUCUGCCACUCAUCUUCUCCUAGUGAAGGAUUACGUCGUUCUCUUUGGGUUUACUCUCAGACAAUGUGGACGUGAGAUCGGCACACUUCUUGAUAUGCUCGAUAGCAACCAUGACAAAUACCACCUUCUUCUUUUGGAAGAAUGUCGGAAACAAUUUGUUGAUGGUCUGGACAAUGACUCAUAUGAGCAACUGGUGAUAAAGAAGGAAACUGACUAUGAGAGUAGUGUUUUGUCGUUUAAUCUUCAGACUUCAGACAUCAUGCCUUCUUUUCCAUAUGCUGCACCGUUCUCCUCCAUGGUACCCGAUGCUUGUCGCAUUGUAAGAUCCUUUAUCAAAGGCUCUGUUGAUUACUUGUCUGAUUGUACGCAUACAAAUCUCUUUGAUGUUGUGAGGAACUAUUUGGAUAAGUUCCUGAUUGAUGUAUUGAAUGGAACAUUACUCAAUACUAUCAACAGUGGCAAGAUAAGUGUACCUCACGCCAUGCAGAUUGCUGCAAAUAUAGCUGUUCUUGAAAGAGCUUGCGAUUUUUUCCUUCGUCAUGCGGCUCAACUGUGUGGCAUCCCAUUCCAAUCAGUUGAAAGGCUUCAAGCUACUUUGACAUCAAAGUUGGUCCUGAAGACGACAAGAGAAGCAGCUUAUAUUGCUGUGCAGAGUUUGGUAGACUCCAAAAUUGACGAGUUUAUGUCUCUUAGUGAAAGAGUCAAUUGGACUUCUGAGGAGACAAAUCAGAAUGGGAAUGGCUACAUGAAUGAAGCUAUCAAUUACCUCGAGUAUGUUCUAUCCACCGCGCAGCAAAUUCUAUCCAUGGAUGCUAUGUACAAAGUUGGGGUUGGUGCUUUUGAGCAUAUUUCCAAUUCCAUUGUGGCUGCUUUCUCUAGUGAUGCCGUCAAAAGGUUUAAUGCAAACGCAGUCAUGAACAUAGAGAAUGACCUCCAGAUCAUAGAGAAUUUUGCAGAAGAAAAGUUCUAUUCUCUUGGUUUAGGUGAAAUUUACGCUGAAGCUAGUUUUAAGAGCUGCUUGAUUGAAGCACGGCAAUUGAUUAAUCUUUUGCUAAGUAGUCAACCAGAGAACUUCAUGAACCCUGAUGUGAGGGAGAAGAGUUACUAUGCACUGGAUUAUAAGAAGGUGGCUGCUAUUUGUGACAAAUUCAAAGAUUCUCCAGAUAGAAUCUUUGGGAGCCUUUCAAGUAAAAAUGCAAAGCAAAGUGCUAGAAAGAAAUCACUAGAUGUGCUCAAAAAGAGGCUUAAGGAUUUCAACUGAAUGAUUUCAUUGCAGGUAGUAGGGCAUAUUUGAAGUGUUUCGUCUUGUUAUGGAUGUUUAACUUCAGGUUGAUGUACUAGUUUUUCUAUAUUGUUCGACAAGAUUGUUUGGAAAUCUUGGAAAUGAAUUCAUUCUAGAAAUCGAAUUCCAUUCUUUCAAA